AAAUAAAAUAAUUCCAUUCAUGUCCCGAUCGAUUUUCCCUUCUUCCUCUGUUUCUUUCUCUUCUCCUUCAUUCAAUUUUCCUCCUAAAUUUAGCAAUCCCUAACCCCAUAACUCAUUCAAUUCUCACUCAAUUUCCUUCAUCAACAAAACCUAAUCCCAAUUCGAUUCAUAAAAACCCCUAAUUUCUAUAAAACCCUAAUUUUCAAUCCCAUCGGCAACACCGCACCUCCAUGCGAGACCCGCUCCCUCCUCCGCCGUCCUCCGGUGACGACGGUGACCCUAUCGGCCUCUGGUAUGGCAACAUCGAUUACCUUCUCAACAUAUCCGCAAUCGGAGCUUUAUUCUGUCUCUUGAUUUUCCUCUUGGUGAAGCUGCGGAGCGACCACCGUCGUAUGCCCGGUCCUUCCGCCAUCGCCAGCAAGCUUCUCGCUGUUUGGCACGCCACCGGACGUGAAAUCGCCCGCCACUGUGGUGCUGAUGCUGCUCAGUUUCUUCUCAUUGAAGGUGGAAGCUGUGCGGUUCUAUUGGCCGUUGCGGCUCUCGCUCUUGUUGUUUUGCUUCCGGUGAAUCUACACGCCGGAACCGGCGUUUUGGAUGAUCAGUUCUCGAAGACAACUAUUAACCAUAUUCCUAAAGGUUCGCCUUUGCUUUGGAUUCAUUUCAUUUUUGCUGUUGUUGUAGUUUUAUUGGUGCAUUUCGGCAUCUCCGCGACGGAAGAGAGAUUGAGGAUUACUAGGUUUAGAGAUGGUUAUGGUAAUUUGAGUGACCCUUCUGCGAAUUCUAGUGCUAUAUUUACUAUAAUGGUUCAGGGGUUACCUAAAAUUAUAGGAGCUGAUAGGGCUGUGUUGCAGGAGUAUUUUCAGUAUAGGUAUCCUGGCAAGGUUUAUAAGGUUAUUGUGCCCAUGGAUUUGUGUGCAUUGGAUGGUUUGGCUACUGAGUUGUUGCAUGUGAGGGAUGAGAUUUCGUGGUUGGUGGCUAGGAUUGAUUCUCGCCUGUUACCUGAUGAUGGUGAAGAGGAUGGUGGGAGUGUGCCUCCGGGGUUGUGGAGUUGGGUGGUUUAUUGUAGGAAAUGGUUGAAAGAUUUAUACGCUGACAUUAUGGCUAAAUUUGGUUAUACGGAUGAGGAGAGGUUGAGGAAGUUGCAGGAACUGAGGGCUGAGCUGGAGACUGAGUUGGCUGCUUACAAAGAAGGGCGUGCGCCGGGUGCUGGUGUUGCUUUUGUUAUGUUCAAGGAUGUGUAUACUGCUAAUAAAGCUGUUCAAGAUUUUCAGAAUGAAAAGAGGAGGCGCGUUGGGAAGUUUUUCUCUCUCACAGAGUUGCGUUUGAGGAGAAACCAGUGGAAAGUUGAGCGUGCUCCUUUGGCGAGUGACAUUUACUGGAAAAAUUUGGGGACGCCAAAGCUAUCGCUGAAAUUGCGGAGAGUGUGUGUGAAUACUUGCUUGUUGUUGAUGCUCUUGUUCUUCAGUUCUCCUCUUGCUGUGAUCAGUGCUGUUCAAAGUGCUGGAAGGAUCAUCAAUGCCGAAGCUAUGGAUAAUGCACAAAUGUGGCUUGCUUGGGUGCAAAGCUCUAGCUGGCUUGGAAGCCUUAUUUUUCAAUUUCUACCCAAUGUUAUCAUCUUUGUCAGCAUGUACAUAAUAGUUCCAUCUGCUCUUUCUUACCUUUCGAAAUUUGAACGUCAUCUGACGGUUUCUGGUGAGCAAAGAGCUGCACUCAUGAAGUUGGUUUGCUUCUUCCUUGUAAAUCUCAUUAUUUUGCGAGGUUUGGUCGAAUCAUCAUUAGAGAGUGCCAUCCUGAAGAUGGGACGGUGCUAUUUAGAUGGAGAGGAUUGCAAGAGGAUUGAGCAGUAUAUGAGUGCAUCAUUCCUGUCAAAGUCAUGCCUUUCCUCUCUUGCAUUUCUGAUCACAAGCACUUUCUUGGGGAUUUCUUAUGAUCUCUUGGCACCCAUUCCUUGGAUCAAAAGAAAUAUUCAGAAGUUUCGGAAGAAUGACAUGCUUCUGUUAGUUCCAGAACAAAGUGAAGAAUACCCAUUAGAACAUCAGGACGCGGAUAGUCUUCAGAGACCACUAAUUGAUAGCAGUGCUGAUGCUUAUGAAGCUUCCAAUGGGGAUAAUCAAGAGGGACAAGAUCUUUUUGUCUAUCCAGUUACUGGGAGCUCACCUAAUCCAAAACAGACAUUCGAUUUCGCACAGUAUUAUGCCUUUAAUUUGACAAUAUUUGCCCUGACUCUGGUAUAUUGUUCGUUUAGUCCACUUGUUGUCCCUGUUGGUGCAGUUUAUUUUGGGUAUAGAUAUGUGGUAGACAAGUACAAUUUUCUGUUUGUCUAUCGAGUUCGGGGAUUUCCUGCAGGCAAUGAUGGGAGGUUAAUGGAUACUGUAUUAUGCAUCAUGCGUUUCUGCGUUGAUCUAUUCUUACUCGCUAUGCUCCUAUUCUUCUCAGUGAAAGGGGACUCUACGAAGUUGCAAGCUAUUUUCACUCUUGGACUAUUAGUCAUGUAUAAAUUACUGCCUUCUCGUAGGGAUAGUUUUCAAUCACCACUUUUGGAGGGCAUUCAAACGGUUGAUAAUGUUGUAAAUAGUCCUGUUGAUUAUGAGGUAUUUUCACAACCCAGGUUUGAUUGGGAUACCUCCCAAAGGUGAUUCAAGCUUUGAUAUUCUUGAUGUCAAAUAGAGUUUUGUCUGUUCCCAUACAACUCAAAAAGAAUGAUGAGGGGUGGGGAUGAAGGGAUCACUCAAGAUCUAGGGAAGAAAAGCGAAGGAAGUUCUUUUAAUUGAUGUCCAUAAUCUGUUAUAUACAACUCAUUUUUACCAUCUGUUCCAUUUGUCAUCCAAUUUCAAAGAUUGGCCACGAUGUUAAUGAAUUUGCCAUCUGAUAUUUCUAGGAAGUUCUUAGCUUUGUGCAAAGUUGGGGCAUUGUAAUGUUUCCACUUUGUAUAUCUACAUGCUCAUCACAAUGGGGAAAUUCUGGGACUGUUGCUUCUGCUUCAGACAAGUUUCAGAGCACAGCAAAUGGUGCUGCUCCUACUCUUGGCACAUUCCCACUGUCCACUCUUGCUAAGAAUUUGAAGUGCAUGCCAAUCCAUUUUCUUAUCAAAAAGCAUAAUAGAUGCUAUAGAUCUGGAAAGAAAAUGUGUACAAAUAUUAUUGUCAGUUAAAUUGGGCAUGUUUAUCAACUUUUGUUUUAGUCAAUCAAUUAAUCUCAUUUAAAGUAAA